GGAACGGUUCAGAGAGACUGAGAAAUCAGCUGAGAAAAGCAUUGCAAGCGGCUGACGCUGGAAAAUGAGACUUUUUCUCCUAUUACUGCUAGAAGGAUGCAACUGGCCUCCAGCUCCCCUUUCCCCCUUCUCAGCAAUGACCUCCAAUGGAAAUAUCUAAGAGAACAUGAUCCUCAACAUGAAGGUGGGAAGAAGCUCAAACUGGAAGGCAAGGAGCUGAUGUCAGUGCCUCACCAGCUCUUCACGCUGGAAGGACUAGAGGUUCUGGAGAUGAGCCCAGAGCGAGAGAGUUGCCUGAGGUACAAGAUGGACCUCAUCCCUCGUGAAAUUGGUGGCUUGAAGAAUCUCACUUUGCUCUACCUAGACUCCAACAACUUGAAAGACGUUCCAGUUGAGAUUGGAUCCUUAAUCAAGUUGGAAAGGCUUACCCUCAGCAACAACAGCUUGACUUCUCUGCCUGAGGAAAUCAGUGGCCUCCAGAGACUCCGCAGUCUUCAUCUUGCCAACAAUGGCCUGGUGGAGCUUCCACCACCUCUCUGUCAGCUAAGGAACCUGGUCUUCUUAGAUGUCACUGACAACCGCAUUGGCUCCAUCCCUGACACCAUCCAUCAGCUGCAGAAACUGGAGACCCUGCUGCUGCUUUUUAACCAUCUUAAGUGUUUGCCAAGAGGAAUCUGUUCUUUGAACUCUUUGAGCACCCUCUGGUUAGGACACAACAAGCUCAAGGCACUUCCGUCUAGCUUUGGGCAGCUGGUGAAUCUGGACUGGGGUUGGAAUUAUUGUUCAUGCAAUUUCGAAGGGAAUCCAUUGGAGUGCCCACCCCCUGAAAUAUGCAGUGGGGGGCCUGCUGCCAUUAGAGAGUAUUUUGCCUCAUCAAGGGGACAGAAAGGAUCUGUGUGAGUUGUAGAGGCAGGGGGAUCAUGUUGUGUGAGUCAUGCAUGUAUAUGAGGAAACUUAUAUCUCCUCCUCCAGAGAUAUAUGUAUAAGCCUCCCUGUGUCUGUAAUCUGCAUGUGGGAUUACACCAUAGGGGCCAUUAUAUUUAGUCCCAGUACUGGAUAUUUAAUACAGCCCACACAUCCAGUUCCUGAGGUUAAAAAAAUGACUGCAUGUGAA